AUGGGAGACUAUCGCUUCGUCCUCGUCAAACCUACGGCCAGCCCAGCCUAUCCGCUGUUGGGCGUGCUUCCGUUUCCCGUCACCUUGGCCGUCCAGGCUGCGAUAGCCCUUGGCGCUCUUCUGCUCGUCCUGCUUGUGACGCUCGCCUACAAAGACAUGCUCAAACCGGGCCUGCACGCCGCCUCGCGCCUCCAUCCAUACACCCCCUCGGCAUCGGCAAAGGACAUCAACGCGGCUUCCAAGUCGCUCCGGCGUGCGCGCUCGACCGCCUCGUCAUCUUCCAGCACAUUCGCAGCAGCUGCCAAGCCUCGACUGGCGAAUCCAAAGUACAAGGGGCUGCGGAAUACCGGCAACACGUGCUUCUUCAACUCGACCCUUCAGUCUAUAUCAUCGCUCGCGCUCUUCCGCACGUAUCUCGCCUUUCUUGUCGACGAGGCCGAGCGUUGGGACACGCCAACACCCGUCAUCGAUGCCCUGCUCGAGCUUGUCCAGGAGCUCGUCACACCAGCCGAACGCAAUGCGGCCAUCAAUCCCGUACAGCUCGUGAGGGCGCUCCAGAACCUGCCGUCCUCAUCCAUCCGCAGUCUCGUUGGGGCUCACCAGCAGCAGGAUGCCCAUGAGCUCUUUGCACUCCUCAACGAAGCCGUCGAUGCCGAGGCAAAGGCAAUCCAAAACGACAAGGCCGACGCUCUCGACUCGGAGCAGGCCGGUCUUCGAGCCCUCAUGGCGCCCUCUUUACCGUGGAGCGGUCGCGCCGUCUAUGCAGAUCCAGCACAAGCCAACGGCAUCUUGCCGGCUAGCUCCUCGCUCCUCUCUCUGCAUCAUCUUGCACCUGGAUCCGGCGGCGACCCAUCGAAACGCCGCGACGACAUGGGCGCAGGCGGCAGCGAGACGCUUAUGAUCUCGCCGUUCGACGCGUUGCUGGCGCAGCGCACCAUCUGCCUCGACUGCGGCUACUGCGAGGCCAUCCGCCACUUUUCCGCCUCCGAGAUCUCGCUCUCGGUGCCGCCGAUGAAUGUGCGCACACGCACCUCGGAGCUCACCGGCACCUCGGCGUGCUCGCUCCAAGAGUGUCUGGCGCUGUGGUCCGACUUGGAGCAGGUCGACUGGAUCUGUUGGAACUGCACGUUGCGCAACACGCUGCAGAGCAUCCGGAUCGAUCUGGCCGCACGGGCGCCUGCGCUGGACUCGAAGCAGAAUGGCAAGCUCAAGAACGGCGAGGCGAAUGGCUCGGCCAACGGAGGCAUGACCCCGGCAAAGAAGAAGAGGCUCGCGCAGCUCAGGUCGAAAGAAGCCAGGCUGACGCGCAUCAUCGAGUCGGGGCUUUCGGAGGACGAGUUGAAGCAGGCGGCCGAGGACCCGGCAUCGCCGUGGCACAACGUGCUGAACAAUGUGCAGCUCAAGAAGACGAUCAGCCGACUGUCGACCAAGCAGAUCAUGGUGUCGAGACCGCCGCGCAUCCUGGCGCUGCAUUUGAAUCGCUCCUCCUACUCGGCAUCUGCGUGGGCUCCCGCCAAGAACAACCGCCACGUGCUGUUUCCAGAGUACCUUGAUUUGGCUCAGUUCACGCUGCAGGGAAGCAUCUCGCUGGAUGGCCGGCAAGCCAUGAAUGCGAAUGGCGCGGGUGGAGACGAGGGUCAGGUGGCGGCGAUUUACAGGCUGGCGGCGAUCGUGGUGCAUUAUGGAUCGCACUCGUUCGGACACUAUGUCGCCUUUAAGCGAGUGCAGGAGUCGGCUGGGUUGCAGGGUGUGGGCGAGGAGGAAGACGAGACGUGGUUGCGGAUUUCAGACGAGAGCGUAUCGCGCACGACGAUUGGGCACGUCAAACAGGAGAAUCCGUAUAUGCUCUUCUAUGAGCUCAUGCCCGCCAGCGCUGUCCCCGCUCAGCAACCGAUUCAGCUGCCACAGGGUGCAGACUAUGCGGCCAUGCAACAGGCGAUUGCCAGCGCGAUCAAGAGCGAGGGCCCUCACAGCGAGGGCGAAAGCGCAAGCGCCUCGCAACGGGCUAGUCCCGCACCGACGCUCCGAAUGCGCCCACGCACUGUCCACCGAUGGAGCACACCACCAAUCCCCUAA